AUUACUAAUGGCGUGCUAGUAAUGGCGCACCAGUGAUGCGCCAUUAGUAGGCAAAACUGGUGCGCCAUUAGUAGGCCUUUUCCUAGUAGUGGAUGAAGGAGAAGAUAGGUAAUAUAUAUAGGAAAGGGUCGGAAUUUAGAAUAGAAUUCGACCUGCUAGUCAAUGAGAUGAUGACCGUGGAUGAAUUCGAGAAGGAGUGGGAAGUGUUGAUGUACACUUACAACCUCGAGAGAAACUCUUUCAUGAGGCAGAUAUAUGAGGUGAGAGCUAAGUGGGCAAAACCAUAUCUGUGCGACAGCUUCUGUGCAAAAAUGAGCAGCACACAGCGAAGUGAGUGCAUGAACAGUGUGCUAAAAAGCUAUGUAGCAAGAUCGGCACCUAUCAAUUCUUUCGUCAUCCAGUUCAACAAAAUGUACUCAGACAGAUGUGCCGAAGAGGAUUUUGAAGAAGCGCACACCAACAAGGACAAGAUAGUUUUAAAAUUAAAUGUUCCACUAGAACGUCAUGCUUCGCGCGUAUACACUAGGGCCAUGUUUAAGAAAUUCUCCGAGGAGCUAUAUGAAUCUGGGCCAUACAUGGUGAAAGGUCUCCAACUCGAUGGGAAGAUGAAAGUUGAGCAUGUAAAUGCAGAAACAAGGAAGCGCUGGUGGAAAGUUACUUACGAGGUGGACGUGGACCGGGAGAGCGACACAUACACUUGCGAGUGUGGCAUGUUUCCGCACUCUGGAAUGUUAUGUAGACACGUCCUAAAGGUGAUGCUCCAUGUGGGAGUUUGAAACAUCCCAGAGAAAUACAUAAUGAAGAGGUGGACGAGGGAUGCGAGAGACAUGUUACCAGAGGAUCUCAGGUGCUACCAGAAGGACUCAAGUGUGCAAAUUUCAAAGACAUUUAGACAUAACAUUGCAUACAUGAAAGCUUUGGAGUUGGUAAAACUUGCAAACUCAGGAGUGCCAUCAUUCCAGCAUGCAAUCAUGAGGUUUAAUGAACUGAGAGAGGAGCUAAUGAAGAUGAAUAACGGUGAGGGAAAUGUUCCUGCAAAAGAGAAGAAGAACAGCUCGUCCGGGUUGGUGCAAGAGGGAGUGAAACCGGACGCAGGAAACAGUCCUGUUUUCAGCCAAGAAGAUGGUAAUCAAGACAACACACACGAAGAAAAAAUGCCUGACGCACACCGCGACGAGGUGAAUUACCAAGAUGAAGAUGACAUAAUGCUACCACCUGAGAGAAAAAGAUCGAAAGGCAGGCCGAAGACCAAAAGAAUGAGGUCAGCGGUAGAGAUGGCUUUAGACAAAAACAAAAGAAAGUGCAACAUAUGUGGCUCAGAAGGACACGCAACCAACUGCUGCCCAUGCCUGGAUGUUGGAGGAGCUGAUUCAAUGCAUGUAGAAGGUCAAGAUAAGGACGAAGCUGCAGAAGGUGGCUUUAUGGAAGAUGAAACGCCAUCAACACAACAUGGUGUAGAUGCUACUCAGGACACACAGUACGCACCAAUGUCAAGCAACCAGUCAAACACAGUAAAGUGUGACGGCAAACCAAAAUCUGCUCCAAGGAAAUGCAAAAACUGCGGCCAAGUUGGUCACUACGUGAGCACCUGUCCAACAUAUGAUGGUCCUAAGAAGCCACCCAAGGAGGUAAAAUGCACAAAGUGUAAGCUUGGAGGCCACUAUCACACAACUUGCGGGGUUGGAACAACCUACAAAAGGAAGAACUGACCUUAUCACGCGCAACAUCGGAAUGCUCAUCAGUACCUCGACCGGGAUAAUCACAAUAAAUCAUGGACAAUUUAGUUUGCCGUCUGUCUUUUUCUCAAUUAUUUGUGAGCUUUCAUCAGACUUAUUUGAUGAAAAGUUGUUGUGACCUUAUUUCUCUGUUUUACUCUAUAAGUCGUCGGGACCUAGCUUAAUUAAUUCAUCUCAGCACAAUUUCCUAUUUGUUCCAUCCUACGCGGCAAUGUCUUUUAGUGUGUUUUACCCAUGCAUAGUUGUU